AUGAAUGCCGACGCAAUCCCCGACUUUCUUGGGGAGCAACGCGAUGCUGCGCCAGCAGACCUUCAACACCUUUUCUUAUCCUUCGAAGAUCUGUGGGAAAAGAAGCUGUGGCAUCAACUGACGGAUACUCUUGUUGAGUUCUUCAAUCACAAAGAAAGCGCUUCCCAACGAUUACCGAUAUACAAAACAUUCAUCCUCACAUUCGCCGAUAAGAUCAACCAGUUGAAGCUUGUUACUCUUGCUUUAAGCGCAGCUUCGCAGUGUAAAGACAGUCAAGAGCGCUUGUCUUUCCUGGAGGCUGUAGCAAAGAAAGUCGAUAAUCCAAAUUCCCAAGAUGCAUACGUAUACGCAACUGUGGCCGUGGCUACCGUCAAAUUAGAACUACAAAAUCAAGAUGGGGCGAGGAAGGAUUUGGAUAAAUCAGAAAAGAUAUUAGAUGGAUUUGACUCUGUGGAGACAAUCGUACAUGCUGCUUUCUACCGGGUUAACGCAGAGUACUAUCAGUCCAAAUUGGAAUUCGCAUCGUAUUACAAAAACGCCCUGUUAUACCUAGCCUGUAUCGACCUCAAUGAUCUCACCCCCUCUGAGCGCAAAAGCCGAGCCUACGAUUUGAGUAUUGCAGCACUUGUAUCCGACACGAUUUACAACUUUGGUGAGCUCCUUCUCCAUCCUAUCCUCGACACUCUCGUAGAGGAGGACGCCUGGCUCCGAGAUCUCCUCUUCGCUUUCAACCGUGGCGAUCUUGCCGCCUACGAUGUACUCGCCGGUCACAUCACUUCUAACCCUCUCCUCGCACAACAUCGCGACGCACUUAAACAAAAGAUCUACCUCGCCGCCCUCACUGAAGCCGUUUUCCGUCGCCCUCCUCACGACCGUGCCAUGACGUUCCGUACAAUCUCUGAAGAAACAAAACUUUGA